AUGGAAGUUCCUGUGGAGAAGCCCCCAGGCCUGGAGAACCUUCUCCAGACUGCAUCCUUUAAGGAUCUUUUUCUUUUUCUGGCAGAGCCUUCAAAAACAUGUUAUAAAUGUAAAAAAUUUCAUCUCGGGUUAUGCUAUGACAUCAUGAAGUCCUGCAGCCUGGGGUACCAACAGUCCUGUGCUAUUGAGAACAUUUACAUACUUACAAGAAAAGGGCGGAGUAUGUAUUUUUAUUCAAAGCUGUCAUGUAUGACCAAAUGUGAGGACAUCAACUUCUUGGGUUUUGAAAGGAGGACAGAGCUCAUCUGUUGCAAACAUAGUGACUAUUGCAAUCUCCCUGAGGGAGCCUAGUUCUGCAUCUCUCCUGGAUUUUGUGUCAUUCUUCAACUCACCGCUCCCUUUGUCUCUUCCUCCAAAUCUGUAUUUUGCUCUCUUCUAACCAACGAUAGGGAAUGAGAAAGCCAGGUGGUAGCAAAAAGAGUAGUAGUUGUAAGAAGAAACAGUGGAGAGUAGCUGAGUCUUAUUAAUGAUGGAGCACUGGACUGAAUUUUUGCAAAUCCCUGUUGCUCACAUCUGUCAGGGGGUUUUGGUUUCCUUAUGGUGGUGCUGCCGAGAAUGGGGUUGGGUUUAGAAUUGGUUAUUUAUUAUCUCCUUUAUGGAAAUGCAAAGACUUGGGUCAAAAUAAUCCCAAGCUUGGACCAUAUUUUGUCCUCUUCCAUACCCACUCCUCUGGGUUGGGAUUCUCUUUCGAUUAGCCCUGACACCUCCUGGCACUCUCCUUUUUCACGAGGGUUACGGAGGUAAAAGGGGACUGACUCUAGCUUCCUAAUUUGCUGGCAACAUGAGCCACAUCUUUCUCUGAUAGAGCUCUUAGGUGGAAUCCCUGGCCAGAAAAAACUGGGCAGGCAUAGGGAUGAGGCAUCAAGGAAAAUUUUAAGGGCAUUUCGGUUUGUUGAAACUAAAAUUUGAGAGGCAAUUUGGUGUGCGUGGAAUUGGCUUGAUUUAUCAUGGCUGUGGCUGGCCAGAUAGCUGGGUAUCACGUGAUUGAACUGGGAAUGGAGACCAUGUGCAAGGAUGUUUAGUCAGUUUCUUCUCAUAAGAAUGAGAACAAAAUGUUAAUAAUAAAGCAGGUGGCAUGGUAAUUGAAGAUAAAAGAAUGUGUAGAGAUGCCAUGAGGCAGGGUUCUAGUUACAAAUUGUCCUAUAUGAGAUGAAGUUAUGAGUAAACAGAAGGUCAGAGAGAACAGAAGGUGAUAGUGGUGGGAAGAGAAGCAUGCAGACACUGGGUAAAACAAAUAGGCAGAGAGAAACUGAGUAAAAUUGCUGGUAGAACAGCACACCUGAGCCAAGGUGGUGAAGCUUCCUUUGAUACAGAAUAACCUUGGCAUUUCUCUCCUUGUGAGGCCUACUGCAGUUCCCGGUCCCUGGGUUUCCAUGAGCUUCUUCUCCCUUAUUAUGUCAUAUGAAAUUCUUACAAUAAACCAAUCACCCCUCUA